GUUGUCUUGAAACACUGGUUCGUCGUCCUCCUUUCCUUUGUAUCCAGCUCAAAACAAUACACGCAGAUCAUCAUAUCACCACACCACGCUGUUGUUUCUAUCCAAAUCCAUAUAAAAAAUUCCUCAUACAGUCAAAAUCCCAAUUACAAACAACAAAAAUUGAAACCCCAAAUGGCUUUUCUUCUCCAUCUUCAACCAUCCCUCAAAUUUCCAAACUCCUCUCAUCCCAUUCCCACCAGACCAUCAUCGUCCCGCCUUUCUUCUCCAACCAACUCUUCAACUCAAAAAAAUUCAAUCGAUUUCAGCAAAUGGGUCACUGGGUUUCGAUCCAAAUCUUUGAAUUUCGCUCUCUCAACCACUCUGUCCCUCGCUUUGUCACUCACUGGAGUUGGAUUUGCUGAGGGAAAAGUUGGGGUUAACAAGCCAGAAUUGCUUCCGGAAGAUUUUAGUACGGUUAUUGACGUAGCUGGAUUCCUUUCGGAUGGCCAGGAGAAAAGAAUUUCUCAAGAGAUUGCUGAUAUCGAGAAGGAUACUGGAUUUAAGCUGAGAGUUUUAGCUCAGAACUAUCCUGAUACACCUGGGUUGGCGAUUAAAGAUUAUUGGCAAGUGGAUGAUAGAACUGUUAUCUUUGUCGCUGAUCCCACCUUCGGCAAUAUAUUAAACUUCAACGUGGGGGCUUCAGUGGAUUUAGACAUACCACGUAGCUUCUGGAGCCGUUUGGCGGGGAAAUAUGGAAACAUAUUUUAUUGGAAAGAGAAGGGGGAAGAUGCAUCUAUUGAAGCUGCCGUCAUGGCAAUAUCAAAUUGCUUGAGAGAACCAGUGGGCCGAAACAAUUGCUCAGAGGUUCAAUAAUUUCACCAUUUGCAUACUACAGAACUCAGCUUCCUAGACAAAGUUAUUUUGCUUCAUUACUCCACGCUAAUCUUUCGUAACCCAUUCUGUAAUUCUUUCUAGUAUGUAUUGAUAAGAAAGAAGAUUAUGCGAGAGAUAGACAAGGGCUAAUAGAAAGGAUUAUUAUGCGAAUUUGGUCUUAAUUAGUGAUAUUGAAAUUUUAAAGUUGUGUAAAAAGCUUGAUUUUACUCGUCGCUCUUGUUCACAACUUGACAAUGAUUCAAAUGUUGGUCCGGCCAUUUAAAAGGAGUCGUGGGCUUAAAUCCUUAUUCAAUGAAUUCCUACUUUUUUCU